ACAGGUCUGUAUUUUUCAACACUUCAUCUGAUACAAGAACUAAAGUCAGUUUAUACUUUCUGAACACAACUGCAGAAGUAUCUUCUGUAUGUUUACAGGCAUGGCUGUGUUUCAGGACUGCACUGUGCUUUUAGAGCUGAAAACUUUGCCCUUCAAGGAGAAAACCAAACUGAAAUCAACAAUAACAGAGAAUGGAGGCAAAAUUUCCUUUGUGGUCAAUAAACAGUGCUCUCUGAUAGUGACCAGUGAUGUGUCCACCCUGAGCUCCAACAGGCUGCGUAGCAUCCAGAAAUACCAAACGCCCGUGGUCGGGCUGAAUUAUGUGUACAGCUGCCUGGAGAGGGGAGUUCUUCUGCCUGUGGAUGAACACCAGCUGGAUACUUCCUCUCCUUCUGCUUAUUCACUUCCUCUCAUCUCACCGGGGCAAAGUCCACUCUCACAUCAAGUACCAACGAGCAGAGCAGCUCCUGAGAUCUCCAAAAACCCUCUGACUAAGAGGGCAAAGACCGGAAACAUCUUGGAAAAGUUCAGGAUUUAUACUGAAACUGAUUCUGACCUUCCAACGUAUCCGGAUCAUUUUCACGUGGCCAAGUAUUCAAUCUUUGAAAAGAUAAACAGCAGAAUGUGGUGUGUGCUGGAGCUGCAGAGUUACAAAGGAGAGACAGGAUGGCAGUACCGUGUGGUCAGGUACUGGGAGGACGAUAUAGGAGCCAAGAAGUCGGCCGUGAGGGAUAUGCUGGUGUUUCUGUCCACGUCAGAGGAAGCUCUGGAGGUGUACAAGGCCCUGAGAGAGACCCUGCAGGAUACCGGUCUGCAGCUGAGGAACAACACCCCUCCACAGGCCCGGGACCUCGGCUCCGCCCCCCUCCAGCAGCUUCUGCUGGAGGAGAAGCUGAACACGGGAAGCUUAUCGGAGGAAGUGGGCGUAUUUGUGGAGCUGCUGUGGACUGAAGCCCUGGGCUGCCUCAGCAACAUCCUCGCAGUUUCUAUCGACAAGCUCAGCCUCAAUGAUGUAAGCAGAGUGGAGGGCUUGUUGCUUCAGGCUCAGAGGAAGCUGAAGGAGCGAGAUCACAUUGAGGCGGCUUCUCUCCUCGAUGAGGUGUACACCCUGCUGCCGCACAAAGCGCCCCACCUCUUUCCUCCCACUGCCAAGCUCAUCUCUCAGAAACUGGACCUCUGUCAGUUAAUCAGAGACGUUCUGAACGUGAGUGAAACGACCCUGAGAAGCCCGACGCCUUCCUGUCUGGGGAAGUACCGCGCUCUGAGGUGCAGCAUCGAGGCUGUUCCCCCCGGCACCUCCGAGUUUCAGGCUGUGACCGCUCUGCUGCAGGACAGGAAGAUGCAGGUCCAACAGGUUGUGCGUGUCAGCAGAGGGGUGGAGCUUCAGACGUUUAGGAGCGAGGUCGGGAACAUUAAGCCCCUCCUGCAUUCCUCCAGCCCCAGCAACUUUGUGGGAGUCCUGUCUCGUGGUCUGCUGCUGCCCCGUGCUGGAGUGGAGCAUCAUGGGAUUGAGAGAACCGACGCUGGUAAUCUGGGCAGUGGAAUCUAUUUCAGUGAUGCCGUGAGCGCCAGUUUGAAAUACUCCAAGCCCAGCGAGACAGAUGGCUCUCGGCUGCUGUUGGUGUGUGAUGCGGCGUUGGGACAGUGCAGGGACGUCCACAAGAAAGACCUCACACUGACCCAGGCUCCUGAGGGACACCACAGCGUGCGUGGGGUCCGCCGCACCCCCAACACUCACUCUGAGUUUGAGGACGAUGAGUUCGUGGUUUACAGUCCUGAUCAGGUGAAACUGAAGUACGUGGUUCAGUUCAGCAUCGAGGGAGACCAACUGAAGGAGUUCAGACCCGCCGUCAACACCUCCGCUGAGCCGGGUCUGCCCUCUUCUGACCAAGAGGACCGUAUAACUGCCAAAUGUAACAAUGAUCUGGGGUUGAUCGUGGAGGACGGGGUAGAAAACAUUACAAACCCUCUGGCAGAUGUGAAGGCCGGCCUGUUGGACAGCUCAGGUCAGCAGCUCCCUCUGCAGGCCGUCCACGUGAAGUGCAGACUGUUGGAUCUGCUCUCUCAGGUCAUCAUUUUCCAAAAAUACACCAAUCUGAGCUCUGUGCCGAUUGAGGCAAAAUACGUCUUCCCCUUGGAUGAUUCUGCAGCCAUGUGUGGAUUUGAAGCUUUCAUCAAUGGGAAACAUGUGGUGGGACAGGUGAAGGAGAAAGAGACGGCACGCAGGGAGUACAAGCAGGCUAUUGAGAAAGGCCAUGGAGCCUACCUCAUGGACCAGGACGCCCCCGAUGUGUUCACCAUCAGUGUUGGCAAUCUGCCUCCCGGUGCCACUGUCCUCAUUAAAGUUACCUUUGUGUCUGAGCUGAUCGUCAGGGACGGGAGUAUCCUCUUCUCCCUGCCUGGGAGUGUGGCUCCGUGGCAGGAGAGUGCAGCACUCAACCAGACCACACAAGUCACUGUGGAGAAGGUGUGUGUGACUGAUGAGGCGAGAGAGUUCACCCUGGACAUGUCAGUUGAGAUGCCCAAUAAGAUCACCGACCUGCAGUGCAUCACUCACAAAGUCAAGAUUAAGAGAACAGACUGUAAGGCGGUGGUGAGCGUGCUGCCAGGAGAGGUCAUGGGUCAAGAAGGUUUCCAGCUGUCAGUCACUCUGUCGGAGGUCCACCUGCCCAGGAUGUGGGUGGAGAAACACCCUGACAAGGACAGCCAGGCCAGCAUGUUAGUUUUCUAUCCAGACUUCAAAGUCAACUCCACUCCAGCAUCUGAUGAAGUCAUCCUGUUGCUGGACACGUCUGAGUCCAUGAAAGGAGAGUCUCUCCGCAUGGCACAGAGGAUCGCCCUGCAGGUCCUCAGAAAGCUCGACCACAACCUCAGACUCAAUGUCAUUUUCUUUGGCACAGAUCACACGGAUGCUUUCCUGACAGCUCAGCCGCUCGUAGAAGCUCGUCCUGUAGCCCAGAGCUUCAUCACACUCUCCUCUCCAGUAGGGGGCAGCACCGAGCUGUGGCGGCCCCUGCGAGCUCUCAGCCUGCUGCCUCCGUCCCGCGGCAAGAGAAACCUGCUGCUGCUGUCGGACGGUCACAUCCAGAACGCAGAGCUCACCUUACAGCUGCUCAGAGACAACGCUCAGCACAGCCGCCUCUUCACCUGCGGCCUCAGUCCGACAGCCAAUCGGCACAUGCUCAGAGCUCUGGCACAGGCAGGGGGCGGAGCCUUUGAAUUCUUCGACACAAAAAACAAACACAACUGGGCAGAGAAGGUGGAAUGUCAGGUGAAGCGUAUGGCGUCUCCUGGCUGCAGUUCAGUGUCAGUAAAGUGGCAGCAGUUCAACCCAACAGCGCCCCCUCCUGUGCAAGCCCCCAAGCAGCUCCAUGCUCUGUUCAAUGACUGCCACACCCUGGUUUAUGGCUUUGUGCCGCACUGCACACAGGCCACCCUCCUUGGAGAUCUGAGUGGUCAGGAGCUCAAAACCAUGGUGUCAACCAGUGAGCUGCAGAAGACCAGGGGCACAUUUCUUCACAAGCUCACAGCAAGAGCCCUCAUCCGGGAUUAUGAAGACGGAAGCCUGGAUACCAAUGAAGCUGAACAUGAGGGAAAGAAAGCGGAGCUGAAGCGCUUCAUCAUCGAGUUAAGCAAAGAGUUCUCCAUCCUGUCUCAGUUCACCAGCUUUGUGGCCAUCGAGGAAAGGGACUCAGAACGACUCGAGGAGGGUGUCACAGACAUCCCCAAGUUGAUCGCAAAGGAAGAUGUGGACUUCCUCCCCUACAUCAGCUGGAUUUCUCCUGAGGAUAAUAAAGAGGAUGAGUUUGCGUAUGAUCAUAUAGCAUUCUCCUGUGACAUGGACCUGGAUGAGGAUGAAGUUUAUUAUGGUGCUGCUUUUCCUAACAUCUGCUCUGGGCUCAAACUCCUCGGAUCAACCAUGUAUCCCACGGAAAAAAACUCCUCCCUUCAAGAUCUGAGUGUUCAUGAUCUCAAAUUCCUCGGAUCAACCAAUGAGCAGCACAUGGACACAAACUCCUCCCUUCAAGAGUGUUCAAGUUCUGCACUGCCCCCAAGCUCUGGAACUCCAUCCCUCCACGCAUCCAGGAAAACUUUAACUGGUAGGAGCAGAAGACGGAUGCAGAACACGGCGUACUGUGUAGAGAGCAGUGAUAAUGAAGCAAUGGAACUGGACAUGCACCUUGAGGAACCCGAUGAUUUGUUUAAUUUUUCCUCUCCAGUCCCUCCACCUCCUCCUCCUCAAUCUUCAGCCCUCUCAUUUCAUCUUCCUCCUCCUCAUCCUUCUUCUCUCCCAAGUGCCCCUCUACCUAAAUGUCAGUUUACGAAUUAUGCCAUUCCAACUCUGGCCACUAUGUCACUGGAAAGACCAAGUGUAGGGACAGCUUUCAAAGAAACAGAAUUUUUUCCUCCAUCCCUGCUACUAAAAAUGUCCUCGCUCUACAGCAGCGUGAGAGCUGGCGCUUCCUCAAAAUCUAUGGGAGUCCUGAAUGAACGUCCAUGUUCUCUCGAUCGUAAGAACAAAACAAUUCAAAAGCUCAUCACUCUACAAGCUCAUUCAGCGGGUCGCACAAGCGCCUCAUUUGCUUCUCAGCAACAGUUAGGUUAUUCUUUCGGUGGCUCUCUGCCUCAAGUCCAACCCCGUGAAUCCAGUCAUGGCCCUCCAGUUCCAUGGGAUGAAGCAGCAAAUCUUAGUGGAUAUAGAAGACAUAGAGCAAACUUGAAGCCUGAAGGAGACAUGGCACAUGGGGCAAAACUGGCCAAGGGGGAAGCUGCAAGUUUGGGACGUGCAACUGUACUAAGGCAACGGUUAGAUCAGCAGAGGCGGAGGAGUGUUGGCCGUGGCCCUCCUCAAGUUGUGAUGAGCGCAGCACGGUCUUCAAGAUGUCUUCGACCCUUUCAGAGAAAGUCAGCAGACCCUGAAGUGCUGAAGCUCAGAUGGACACAGAUAUUCCAGAUGCAGCAUUCAGAAGGCUACUGGCAGUUAACCACAGAACUGGGUGAACUCCUGAAUGUGGACGUCGACCUCUUCGCCAACGUGUUCCUGAAAAACAAGGGCAUCCGGUCUCUAGGUGUGAAGGCCCAUGCAGACAUCCUGAGGCUGCUGGCAACUCUUCUGGUUCUGCAGCUGAUGAGGGUGGAGAAGCUGGAGGAGGGCAAACUGCUCCGCACCCUCUUCAGCCUCAACGACUCCUCUCUGCCCAGGCCUGAGCGGUGGGAGGAGGUGAAGAGGGCGGUGGAUUGGGUGUGCUGGGCUGACCGGCAGUACCCGUGUGUCUACAGCCGGCUGGAGUUUGGUCUGAGCUGGGAAUCCUCCACCCGUCAGCUGCUGGGUUUCGAAGGCCUCCCUCCCUUCUCAGCUCUCAGUGGUCUGAACCUGCAGAGGACCGUUUCCCAACUCCUGGUCCACUGAGCAGCAUUAAGAGAUGAUAGUGUGAGAGAAACUCAUACCGCUUUGAAAUGAUCAUUUAGAUUAAUUUUUACGCAUUUCUUUGGCUUACGUAAAGCUCUUCGGACCGGGUCUGUCUGUGAGUUUAUAUGCACAUAAAUAACAAGAUGCAAUUGGUUUUCUGCAGUAAUCUGAUUCCUUAAACUUCAUGAAUACAAGAAACAGUUUCCUUAAUCGGGGUAGGAGAUUCGGGAGCUAGAUUUCUGCAAUUUCUUGGCCAUGUAUACUGAUACCAAUCAUGUUUUUACAUGCACAUAUGUAUAUGAUUAAACCUUCAGGCAGGGAAAGUACACCAGCGACAGCAGAGUCAUGACGAGUAGCAGUGCAUCCGCUGUUCAGAAUAUUCCAAUCCAAAAUUAGAGCUGAUAUGGCAACUUCCUCUGAACAUUUGACUGCUAAAUUUAGACACAGCGGUCUUUCCACUUUCGCACACACCUACACACAUAACAAAAUUAGAAGGUCACGUAUUAAUAUUUCCUAAAUAAGGGCAGAGAAGUGGAUAAUCUGAUGACUGACCCGUCCGAUUGCCUGUGUAACCUGGUUUCUCGAGUGCAUGUGAAUCUGUUGUGUGUUUUAAAGGUAUUGUACCAAUGAACUUGCCUUGCUUACAUAGAUAACUGCCUUUCAGCACCUUUGAUUACUUUGUUUGUAGGAUAUAUUUUAGGGGUGGGUGAUAUGGCCAAUGUCUUCUAUCAAGUUACAUGUCAUUUCAAAUUGCGGUAACAGUUUAUAUCAAUUGUUCUGUAAAUUCACAUAAGAAAUGGUUUAAAAUAACAAUAGUCUACUUGAUCACGUUUGAUUAUUUUUAUUUGGAAAAGUAUGUAAGUAUUAUGAUUAAAAGUACUCGCUGUGCAGUAAAAUGUC